AUGGUAGUGCAGAAGAGGGGGAUUUCAUAGCUUUUGGUCGUGGUUGCUUUAAACACACAUGUGGUAUGUCCGCGUCCCUCACUAGUCACACGAUGCUGUCAGCUGAUGCUUGGUGACGUGAACCCGAACCCGUUCAGACCUGAGGAUGGCGGAGCGGGAUCAGCCGCCGGAGGUCUCACAAACUUUGGACUCCUGCGGAAAGGCAUCCCGUCAGGAUGAAAACGGACACGGUGACAGUCCGGAUGAGACUCUCUCGCCCACCUCGGUGAUAUACUUUAAAGAGGCUUUAAACUCCUCCAACGUGAGGUUUGCCAACGCAGGACCGUCUUCUCCCGCCCCGCUUCGUCAUUAUGAGCUCCAGAUUGAGAAAACAAGGUCCAAGUCCAAAAAUCCCAAGGAUCCAAUUGCAAUCGAAAGACUUAAUUUGAUGAACAUGGCCAAAUUGAGCAUCAAGGGCCUGAUCGAGUCAGCUCUCAACCUCGGCCGCACGCUUGACUCUGAUUAUGCUCCUCUCCAGCAAUUCUUUGUUGUGAUGGAGCAUUGCCUGAAACAUGGGUUGAAAACCAAGAAGACAUUCCUUGGGCAGAACAAGUCAUUUUGGGGGGCAUUGGAGCUGGUGGAGAAGCUGACCCCUGAGGCAGGGGAGAUCACUGCCAGUGUAAAAGACCUGCCUGGCCUCAAAACACCUCUGGGAAGAGGGCGUGCCUGGCUCCGAUUGGCCUUAAUGCAGAAGAAACUCUCUGAUUACAUGAAGACCAUCAUCAACAGAAAGGACCUCCUUAGUGAAUUCUACGAGCCGAAUGCCUUGAUGAUGGAAGAAGAAGGGGCUGUGAUCGCUGGGCUGCUUGUUGGACUAAACGUCAUUGAUGCCAAUCUCUGUAUGAAAGGAGAAGAUUUGGAUUCACAGGUGGGAGUUAUAGACUUUUCGAUGUACCUCAAGGAUGGAGGACACAGUAGCAAGAGCACAGAAGGUGAUGGCCAGAUCACAGCAAUUCUUGACCAGAAGAAUUAUGUUGAGGAGCUGAACAGACAUUUAAGUGCAUCAGUAAAUAACCUCCAAGCCAAGGUGGAUGCUUUGGAAAAGUCUAAUACAAAGCUAACAGAGGAGCUUGCAGUGGCAAACAACAGGAUCAUUACCCUACAAGAAGAUGUGGAGAGAGUAAAGGAGGAGAGCUCUUACCAACUGGAGUCCAGUAGGAAGGCACUUAAAAGCGAUUCCUCAGCGGAUGGACAAGUGCUGGUUGAAACGCGCAAGCAGCUCAAAGAGGAGACUCUGCUUCGACUGGACGUGGAGAAGGAGCUUGAGGUGCAGAUUGGUAUGAAGCAGGAGAUGGAGUUGUCCAUGAAAAUGCUGGAGAAAGACAUCUGCGAGAAGCAAGAUGCUCUGGUGGAACUCAGACAGCAGCUGGAGGAUCUUCGUGGCAUCAACCAGCAGCUCACCCACAAGUCACAGGGCACAGAGGCCAGCUCCAAACAGAAGAGUGAAAUCAUCAGUCGCUUGGAGGAGAAAAUAAACCAGAUGGCAGGGACCAUUAAACAGCUGGAGACCAGAUCCAAACAGGCUGAGCGAGAGAGGGAUCUGGCGGAAGAGGCCAACCGGCUCUUUAAGCAGGAGUUUGGCGACAAGAUCGAAAGUCUACAGGUGGAGGUGGAACAGCUGAGAAAACAGAGAUACAAGUUGGACUUGGAGCUGAGGAAGGAAAGAGGAAGAAGGAAUGAGCCUCAUCCAGACUUGCUGUCCAGAGGACCCAACACACCGCAAGGGGAAAGAAAACACACACAAGCCAUUAAAAAAGAAGUGGAGGCGGUCAGAAAGGAGAAUGACCAGUUGCGUGCGGCGUCUGAGGACAAAAUAAGCCUUGACUCCAGCACGUCCUUAUCCCAACACGAGGAUGAUCAGGAUGACUCUUUCGUUGAAAUCAGCAUGCCUUCCGUCUGUACAAUGUGUGAACAUGAGGACUCCAUUCAGAAGAUGAAGAGACAAUGUAAGAACUGCAGUGGUGUUUUCUGUGAAAGCUGUCUGGCCAACGAGCUGCCGUUGCCUUCAUCAAUUCACCCAGAGAAUGUGUGUGACAGCUGCUAUUCUCUGUUACUGCAGCAGUACGCUUCAACCCCUUCCUGAAACACUCCCCAUCUGUCUCAAGAAAACCAAGACCAACAAUUACUGCACAAUAUGAUGAAACCUGAUAGUGAAAUUCUCUACAACACCAAAAGCAUUGAUUUCUUUAUUGUUGUCAAUAUAUCCGCACUGCAAGAAUGCACUUUUUUGACCUCGUAUCUAAAAAAAACCAACAAAAAAACAAACCCUCUUUGCUAUAGGUUCUUUCUUGUUCAGUAAACCCUUGGAAUUCAGGGUUCAAAGGGCAUAUUCUUUUAGACACUUUAAAUGAACAUCUCAUCUUGUUAAGAGACACACUUAAAACUAACGAUGAUGUCCACUAAGUGGAUUUAUUAUGGGUCAACUGCCAUUUUUAAACUCAAUUUUAAAACAUAGUUCAGAAAAAUUUUGAUGCAUUGGCAAGACUCACUAUUUGAAGCCACCAUUUUGCUCCAUCAUGACAUAAUGGCCACUUAAUUCUGACAUUGAGGUGAUUGAAAAUUGUCUUCAGUUUCAUUGUGAAAUAUGCCUUCAUGGCGGCAUGUUCAUUUCUAUUCUCAUUCACUCGUAAAUGAACUCAUGUAGGAUGACAGUUGAAUCCACACAUUGACAAUUAAAACUGGUUAAAUUUCAAAAGGUGUGCUCUUUUCAUGGUUAGUUACAGCUUUUUUGGAUUUCUGUAAAUAAGCUGCUCUAACCAUACAAGAUUUCCUCUGUGCUUGGCUUUUGUGCUGUGUAUAAAGAAUUGGUUUGAGCCAAUUUGCAAAAAAGACAAUCAUCUCAAGUUGUGUUACGUUAACUUUGCAUUUCUCAUGUUUUUUAUUAUGGUGAACUAGCUGUAAUGGGAUUUAUCCCACUUACUGCAACUUAUUCAUAUCAACAAUGAAACAAUGAUUCAAAUCCAUUCUUUUAAUGGACUGUUUGUUCACUUUUUCAGCCACAAGCAUUCAAACUCAUUUUCUGGGCGAUACAACAUAAUCUUGCACUACCGCUUUUAAAUAGGAUUCUGUGCCAGUGUAGAUUCAAAGUAGACAUAACCUAUAGCAGCUCAAUACUUGUCUUGUGUCUUUAGACUGCUGUUUUUACAGUUAAACAGUCUGAGGAAAUGGUAGCUCUAAUUGAAUGAUAUAAACCUUUUGAACUUUUAUGUAGAGAAAAUUAGCAUAUGUGAGAUUUAUAUGCUUAUCUGAUCAAUAAAGUUUUAUCAAGUUUUACAGACAGCAA